AAGAAGAUUUUGUUAGGUCGUGACCUAGAUGUUAGUGAUGUAUCUUCUGAACUUAGUAGGGACACUAAUUAUAUUUCAGUAGAUCGUGAUAAUAUUUUGGAAACAACAUUUUCUGAAUUGAAUGAUGUGAAAGAUCCAAGAAUCACUUUUGAAGUUCAGUUCUAUGGCGAGCAAGCUGAAGACAGGGGAGGCCCCGGAAAGGAAUGGAUUAGGCUUUGCAAUCAGAAAAUACAACCGAAAUAUUUUGAACAAGGUCUUAAGGAGCAUCUGGCAAGUGACUAUUUUUACAUUGGCCAAAUGGCAGCAAUAGCACUUCUUCAGAAUGGACAGUUACCUGUUUACAUUCCAGAAACAGUUUUGCAAAAUGUUUUUACAGGUCCGUACCCAAGCACACACCCAUGCAUUUCCAACCUACAGAAAGGUCUGGAUACUCUUGGAAUCCAUACAGUUGGUAGAAAGUUCCCACAAUUCCUGCAUCUCUUUAGACCAUCUGAAAAUGCUAAGUUGUCUGUAAAAAGGUUACUAUACCUUCUGAUACCAAAAUUUUCUGAAAAAGGAUCAAACAGCCAAAAGUACGAGAAGAGUGCUUAUGCUCAUUUUGUCAAAUAUGUUAGAGAAGUAGCUAGUGGUCGUAGAGUAACAAAGCUGGAGAAUAUCCUGGAGUUUGCUACUUGUGCAAGUGAAGAGCCCCUUCUUGGUUUUGCUCUUUCCCCAUCCAUUGAAUUUGUUGAAGCCACUUGUGCAUCCAGAGAGCCUAGCUAUAACAGCGAUGAAAGGGCACCUCAAAAUCAGAUAUGA